CACAGGAGGAAGCCUCAAGAGUGACUGAGUCCUGGACCCUUUGGGGCCUGCAGCUGGGGCAGGUGAAGAGGGGGCUGCAGGGGCGCCUGACUCCGGCCGUGGUCCCAGGGCCCCCAAGUCUCAGGGUAAUAGUAGCAGUGCUUUGCGCACCCCUCCAGCCCUGCCUGCUCCCUCGGGAAGUCGGGCCCCCACCCUCACCCCCUUACCUGGCUCUCUGAGAUGGAAGCCUCAUAAUAGUCCAGGAUGUCUGUCACAGGAACAGAACCACCGAGUUACCUCGCCCACCCCCUGCCUCUCUGGCCGCCCCUGCCAUCACCUCACCUCCGUCUGCCCGCUAAGGGAGGAACCCCUCCAGCCCGGGCUGGUGGACGCUGAUGGAGGACCCCUGCCUGGGGCUCCUGCAGCUACCAAAAGAUCUCCAGACUCCCAAGCAGCCCCCAGGCCAGCCCUUUCCACGGCUGCCCCUCGGAAAAUCGGGGCUACUCACCCAGCAAGGCCUGGAAGAGGUCACUGUGCAGCACCGUGAGGAGAGGGGGUGCCCAUCGCAAUAGUGGGGGGGCCAGGAGCCAGAGGGCUGACCUGGGAGCUGGUGAAAUGCAAAUGAGGGAGGAUUGGGACAAGGGAGCCAGCCACGAGGCGCCAACACAUUCACCUCCGCCUCUUAUCUCUGCUCUCUCACCCCAGACUCUCUGGAGAGGUCCAGGACAAGGACCCCCAGGCCCACCCUCUCCCCCCAGGCCUCUCCUUCACAAGGACUCCUGUUUUUCACCUCUGGGUCCCUCGGACAUCUCUCUCUUCUCUCACUUUAAUCUCUCUAAUCCCCCCAGGGUCAGAGGAGCUGAGCUGCCUCCUCCCGACCCAGCUGGACCUGCCAGGCAAAGCAGGCAGCCUCCGACCCGCCCGCUGUGCCACCACCAUCACCAUCUUCCUCCUCACACCCUGGCCCCUCCCCAAAGCCAGGUGUGACCCCUCCACUUUCCUGAAGACUGGGCAAGGGGGUCAGCUGCUCCCACAGCUCAAAAGGAAAGGAAACUGUCACUCUCUUCUGGGCCUGGCCCCCGUGAGAAUGGCAAAGGGGCAUAAAUUAUCUGGGACUUCUGGACCCAGGGUUAAACAUGUUUGUGUGAGAGAGAGAAAGAGAACCAGACCCGACAGGGACAUGAGAAUUCCUACGGUUCCUCUGGGGCCUGGGAAGAACCCAUCUGCCCAGAGGCCUGGCCUGAGCACAUGGUCUCAGCAGAGAGCAGAGGGCGGAGACAAAGAUGUUCAAGGUCUCAGCGGACCCACCUGGCUUCCUUCCUAUUGUCAAAAUUUAGGUGUUUCAGGAGCUCCCCUUGUGGCUCAGCGGUAAUGAACCUGACUAGUAUCCCUGAGGGUCAGGUUCAAUCCCUGGCCUUGCUCAGUGGGUAAGGAUCCGGCAUUGCCAUGAGCUGUGGUGUAGGUCACAGAUGCGGCUCGGAUCCUGCUGUGCCCUGUGGUGAAGGCCAGCAGCUAUAGCUCCGAUUUGAUUCCUAGCCUGGGAAGCUCCAUAUGCCGCACCUGUGGCCCUAAAAAGCAAAACGAAAAAGCUGACGUGUUGCUGGAGUUAGGGACUACUCCUAGGCUUCAGGAAAACAUUCCUGGGACACCCACCCCACAUCCACCUUGAGUCACCCGCCCCGCCAUUUCACUCCCUUCCGUGUCGGUAGAGACCAAUUUGAUGAGACACCGCAAAGAGUCGUCUUUCCACGCCCCUGCCUCUGGCCUCUAUCUUAGGCUUCUCUCUUCUCACCUCUCCCUUCUAAUUCCACCUGGAAAGUCCUCCCGUCAUUCUACCCUCCCUCCCUCUGGCUGCAGUCUCCUAAAUUUCUCUCUCAGCCUAUCGCAUCACCCCUUUUUAGGGCGACACUCUAGUUCGGACAGGCGAGAUGAAGGAGUCUGGGUAGAUAAGGGACGUCUGGGGAUGACCCUAGGUCAUCCAGCAUGCAGGUGCUGGGUGGCGCCCCGGAACUACAGCUCCCAGCGUGCCCUCGGCGCCCGGAAGCCCCGCCCCCCCGCCUCCCGGUGCAUUGUGGAGGAUGAGUCAGGGCGCGGGUCCCAGACUUUGGCAGAUCUGGCAGGAGCGCUAGGUCACAGCGCUCAGGGCAGCGGCGGCCGUCGCGGGUUCGGAAAUGCAGGCGGCGAAGAUGACCCCGAACGUGGGGCGGCAGCUGCUGAGGUUGGGGGGCGUAAGCUCGAGACUCUCUGCGCUCCCGGAGCAGCCCCGGCCCGGCCCUGCCUGGCGUCCCUAUGCCCAUGGGGCCGCCCAGACCAAGCCUGAUGCCCUCUCCUCUGAGGCUUCGACCAGAGAAAAAAGGAUCCAGACGGAAUCCAAAUCCUUUGCUGUGGGCAUGUUCAAAGGCCAGCUCACCACGGAUCAGGUGUUUCCAUAUCCGUCUGUGCUCAACGAGGACCAAACACAGGUUCUCCAAGAGCUGGUGGGGCCCGUGUCCCGUUUCUUUGAGGAGGUGAACGAUCCUGCCAAGAAUGACAUGCUGGAGCGAGUGGAGGAGACCACUAUGCAGGGCCUCAAGGAGCUGGGGGCCUUUGGUCUGCAAGUGCCCAGUGAGCUGGGUGGCGUGGGCCUCUGCAACACUCAGUACGCCCGCUUGGUGGAGAUUGUCGGAAUGCACGACCUCGGCGUGGGCAUCGUCCUGGGGGCCCAUCAGAGCAUUGGUUUCAAAGGCAUCCUGCUUUUCGGCACAAAGGCCCAGAAAGAAAAAUACCUCCCCAAAGUGGCAUCAGGGGAGGUCAUGGCUGCGUUCUGUCUAACUGAGCCCUCCAGUGGGUCGGAUGCAGCCUCCAUCCGCAGCUCAGCUGUGCCCAGCCCCUGUGGAAAAUACUACACUCUCAAUGGAAGCAAGAUUUGGAUCAGUAAUGGAGGCCUGGCCGAUCUCUUCACGGUCUUUGCCAAGACACCAGUUACAGACCCAGCCACAGGGGCCGUGAAGGAGAAGAUCACAGCUUUCCUGGUGGAGAGGGGCUUUGGAGGUGUCACCCACGGGCCCCCCGAGAAGAAGAUGGGCAUCAAGGCCUCAAACACGGCGGAGGUGUACUUUGACGAAGUGCAAGUGCCCACAGAGAACGUGCUGGGCGAGGUCGGGGGCGGCUUCAAGGUCGCCAUGCACAUUCUCAACAAUGGAAGGUUUGGCAUGGCCGCGGCCAUGGCCGGCACCAUGAAGGCCAUCAUUGCCAAGGCGGUGAAUCAUGCUGCUAAUCGUACCCAGUUCGGGGAGAAAAUUCACAACUUUGGGGUGAUCCAGGAGAAGCUUGCCCGGAUGGCUAUGCUGCAGUAUGUGACUGAGUCCAUGGCCUACAUGGUGAGCGCCAACAUGGACCAGGGAUCCACGGACUUCCAGAUAGAGGCCGCCAUCAGCAAGAUCUUUGGCUCGGAGGCAGCCUGGAAGGUGACAGAUGAGUGCAUCCAAGUCAUGGGGGGCAUGGGCUUCAUGAAGGAGCCCGGGGUAGAGCGUGUGCUCCGAGACCUGCGCAUCUUCCGGAUCUUUGAGGGGACGAAUGACAUUCUCCGGCUCUUUGUGGCUCUGCAAGGCUGUAUGGACAAAGGAAAGGAACUCUCUGGGCUGGGCAAUGCUCUCAAGAAUCCUUUUGGGAAUGCCGGCCUCCUGCUGGGAGAGGCCAGCAAACAGCUGAGGCGGCGGGCAGGGCUGGGCAGUGGCCUGAGUCUCAGCGGCAUCAUCCACCCAGAACUGAGUCGGAGCGGCCAGCUGGCAGUGCAGGCUCUGGAGCAGUUUGCCACCGUGGUGGAGGUGAAGCUGAUAAAACACAAGAAGGAUAUUGUCAAUGAACAGUUCGUGCUGCAGCGCCUGGCAGAUAGUGCCAUUGACCUCUACGCCAUGGUGGUGGUUCUGUCCAGGGCCUCCAGGUCCCUGAGUGAGGGCCAGUCCACAGCCCAGCACGAGAAAAUGCUCUGCGACAGCUGGUGCAUCGAGGCUGCAGCCCGGAUCCGGGAGAACAUGGCUGCUCUGCAGUCUGACCCGCAGCAGCAGGAGCUCUUCCGUAACUUCAAAAGCAUCUCCAAGGCCUUGAUAGAGCGGGGUGGCGUGGUCACCAGCAACCCCCUUGGCGUCUGAAUACUCCCGACCAGAGCCUGGCCCAGAAUGUGCCUUCUCUCAAGCCAAAGCCCAGGCCCCUUUCCUGCCCGUCCCGGUUCUGCCUUCAAAGGGGCCUCGGCUCAGAACGGUGCCUGCUCUCGGAGGGCGUGCUUACUGCCUCCCAAAUAAAAAGUCUCUCUCAGGUCCUGCUCUGCUGCCGUCUGUCCAUCCUCUCCCUCGCCUGCCUCCCUCCCAAAAAAAGGAGCCAGAGGCGUGGGGAGUUUUCCCCUAUUGCUUUAUUUGGUGUUUUAUACAAAUGACUAAAAUAAAUAAAGUUAACAAAAGCA